CCUCCUCGCAACCUUGCUCAGAAUCCAACAAACAGAGAGCCUUCAUUAUACAGUCAUGGGCAAUUGCUUGGUUAUGCAACAAAAGACUAUCAAAGUCGUGAAAACAGAUGGGAAAGUCCUGGAAUACAGAGCACCCAUCAAAGCCCACCAAGUCUUGUCAGAUUUUGCAGGCCACGCAUUAUCUGACACACGCCCGGUUGUCCGGCACCUCCAGCCUGAAGCCUGGCUGACCGGCGGCGGCUUGUACUACCUCCUUCCCGUCCCGGUGCCACCACCGGCAGGAGAACAGAAGAAAAGGGUCAGAUUUGCUUGUCCGGAGGUAGAAGAGAAGGGUGAAGAAAGUGGGGUGGUGAGGAUCAAGCUGGUGAUCACAAAGAAAGAACUGGAACUCAUGCUGAGAAAAGGAGCUUUCUCAGUUGAUGAUCACAUGCUUUCUCAGCUUCAAAAGAAAGAAAUCACGGAUGAUCAGGACUGCAAGGUUGAUGAAGACGAUGAUGGCGAUGGCAACAGAAGCAGUAAAGGAUGGAAGCCUAUGCUGGAAAGCAUACCUGAAGUAAACUAAUUUGUGUUGGUUUCUCUUUUUUUAUAGUUUUUAACAUGUAGUCAGAACAUAUAUAGAUGGAUAGCUUGCAAGAA